AGUCAGCUCCCCCCGCCUUUCGCAGGGACCCGGAAGUGGCUAGUGCGCCUGCGUUCAGAGGCGGGCCCGCUCUCGGCGCUGUCUGAGGGGAAGGAGAGAAGCCGCGGGAAGCGCGUCUGCUGCUGGCGGGGUUGCACCUCCCGACCUCUUCCUCGCACCGUCGUCAUGAGCGUAGCCGCGCUGGUCUCUCCUGCGCUCCCGCCCGGGCCGCCUCCGCCGCCGCCUCCUCCUCCUCCUACCACUGCUCUGCCCCCGGGAUCAGGCCCUGCUGCCGCCGCGGCCAUCGCUGCCGCCGUCGCAGCCGCGGAGAGCUAUGAAGAGGAAGAGUUGGACAGCCCCGCCGACGAGGAGGAUGGAGAGCGGAGCGGCCGCGCGCGGGAUUCGGACGAGGAUACUGAGGAUGCUAGUGAAACAGAUCUGGCCAAACAUGAUGAAGAGGAUUACGUGGAAAUGAAAGAACAGAUGUAUCAGGAUAAACUGGCAUCUCUUAAGAGGCAGCUACAACAACUGCAAGAAGGUACUUUACAAGAGUAUCAGAAAAGAAUGAAAAAACUGGAUCAGCAAUACAAGGAGAGGAUACGUAAUGCAGAGCUCUUUCUUCAGCUGGAAACAGAGCAGGUAGAAAGAAACUACAUCAAAGAGAAGAAGGCAGCCGUGAAGGAAUUUGAAGAUAAAAAAAUUGAGCUGAAGGAAAACUUGAUUGCUGAGUUGGAAGAGAAGAAGAAGAUGAUAGAGAGUGAAAAGCUAACCAUGGAGCUAACGGGCGAUUCCAUGGAGGUGAAGCCUAUUAUGACAAGAAAAUUGAGGAGGCGACCAAAUGAUCCUGUUCCCAUUCCUGACAAAAGGAGGAAGCCAGCACCAGCUCAGCUUAACUACCUUCUAACAGAUGAACAGAUAAUGGAGGAUCUGCGGACACUUAAUAAGCUUAAAUCACCUAAAAGACCAGCAUCUCCUUCAUCACCAGAGCACCUGCCAGCUACACCUGCUGAAUCCCCAGCACAGCGAUUUGAAGCAAGGAUAGAAGAUGGCAAACUUUACUAUGAUAAAAGAUGGUAUCACAAGAGCCAGGCUAUUUAUCUGGAAUCGAAAGAGAAUACCAAAAUCAGCUGUGUGAUCAGCUCUGUGGGAGCCAAUGAGAUUUGGGUGAGGAAAACCAGCGACAGCACAAAAAUGAGGAUCUAUCUUGGGCAGCUACAGCGAGGGGCAUUCGUGAUCCGCCGACGGUCAGCUGCAUGACGCUCCGCAGUGAUGGUUCUUCUGUGAUGUGUUAAAGACAAUCAGCUCUUACGGGGACUUGCAGUUGCUCUUCCUGGAUUUUGUCAGAAGAUGUUCAUUCUCCACCCACCCUAGGCAGUCUGUUUGCUGCCCACGUUAUUCCAGCUGUCCUUGUCUCUCGUGAGCCCAAGAAGUGUCCUGGAGUUUGGGCUGAAGCUUCAGUUUUGGGGGGGUUUUGUUUUGUUUUGGGUUUUUUUGCCCUUGUAUCCAAAGCCUAUUCAAGGAGAAUGUAUGCCAGAGUUUUUAAUCUUUGCAUUCGACAUCCUGUAAAGAGUAUACAUGGUAUCUUCUAAUCUUCGGAUCAAGCAAUACCAGCCUCGAGGAGACAUAGGCCUCGAGGAGACAUAGCUGCAGUCUGCAAAGCUGCAAGGCAUUGAAAGAAGAGGAAACGGACCCUUCCACAGUGCCUGUUGCUAUCCGGCAUGUGAAACAUUAGCCCUGUAGGGUUACAGGGAAAGGGGUGUUAGUUUUCCAAGAUCCUGAAAGUACAGUUGAUUUUUUUUUUUAAGUGUAGUUAAAGGAGUCACACCUGGUUACUCCAAAACUACUUGAAGAACUUGGUUUUCAGAGCCCCAAAGCCAGGGGUGUUUUGAUGUUUCCUUGGCAGGGGGGAUCGUGGAUCCAAGGAAGGACUAGACUCUGGGUGAGGGAGGGGGACUGUGUAAACAGAGCUUCACAAGCGGCGGUGCUCAUUGCACAGCACCACAUUGUGGUCACAACAGCUCAUUUCCUUGAUCGGUGGGGUGGUCUUGGUGGAGAAAGGACUUGCUGCAAAAUGUCUCAUGCCAUUGCCAGGCUUUGGCUUUAUAUGUGAGCAUACCCAGAAGUGUAAUGAAUUGUAUAACGGAGCUACAUGGGGGUGCACAGUACUUGUUUUCUGAAAGUGCUGUACUUUCUUAUGACCUGAUGGUGGCAGUGAAGUUGCUUCCAAGACACUUUUUAUCUCUGGAA